UCGCGCUGUUCCAGAGAAGCUUCGCAGUCAACACCAUCAGAGACUUGCCGGAGUUCGCUACGUGAUUGGAGAAACCUAGCUCAAAAAAAUAUAUAUAUGUUACAGAACUUGGUUUCUUCAAUCCAGCUUAGUUUGUUUCUUCCCAUUUUCGAUGGUCUUGGAAUCCUUACUUUGAGCAAGGAGUGGUGGGAAAGUUGGAUCGAAAGGAGUAAACUUUAUUUCAGAGGAUUAGACCAGCCUUAACCUUUGCUACUGAUUGGUUGGUUUGGAUUCUAUAGCUUGAGGAAAAACAGAGAAACACGAAGCAACACCAUGAACACUGAGAAUAAUCAGACUACUACUCACUCGAAAGUGAUCUCUCAUGUAUUUUGCACUGGUACCGCUAAGCAAGGCUCUGCAGGGCCACCCAUCGGUCUUGUCGAUAUUGGUGUUAGCGAAGUUGCCUACAUCUUCAGAGUCGCUCUCCCUGGCAUUGAGAAAAAUCAAAAUAAGAUCAAAUGUGAGAUUCAGAGGGAGGGAAGAGUAUGUAUCCAAGGAGUAGUGCCUGAGAUUGCGAUUCCAAGUGAGACCGGAAGCUUGUACAGAAUGCAGGUGCAACAGCUCUGCCCUCCUGGUCCAUUCUCAAUCACGUUUAAUCUUCCGGGGCAAGUAGAUCCUCGUUUGUUUACUCCAACGUUUAGACCUGAUGGGAUCUUUGAAGUCGUUGUCGUCAAGCUCGGAGUACGCGUCCCAACUUCAUAGUUCCAGUUAUCAUAUAACUAGGAUGUCUUCCUCACCUAAUCAGCAUUUAGUAGCAUUGGCCGAUAUAUAGGUAUUUGGUUCUGAUUCAGAUGUUAGAGACUCGAGAGUUUUCUAGUUUUUUUUGUGUGUAAAAAUCAUGUUCAAUGAUCCGAUUCCUUGAGAUGUUCUUAGACUCUGAAAAAAGUUGUUGGAUGUGAAGUGGUACUGUUUUGAGCAGAAAUGAAAGCGAAAUUAUAAGAAAAGAAAAUCAUAAAAGAAA